ACUCCUGCUCAGCGUCAAAUUAUAUUUAAUGCAUUUUGCGGGCACUGUGUUUCGCUGCUGAGGAUUGCACCCGCAUCAGCGAUCCUGGAAGCGGCAUACAACGACUAUGCAAACGCAUUGCAACGCUUCAAUAUUAUCAUAGAGUUCUAUGGCGCCGAUUUUCCUCUUUUUAAGACGGCUGACAACAAAAUACGAAGUUUGGAGGAACUGAUAGCCGAAGAACCGAGCAGAAAGGCAUCAAUAAUCAAAUAUCUCGAACAGACGCUCACUGACAUUGUGGAUAAGUAA